AUGGCAUCCUUCAAAUAUUGUGCAGUUGUAGUAGUAUGGAUAGCAUCUAAUGUUAUCUUAAUGGCAACGACUAUUCUGUCGAAAUCGUCGUCAUCAACAGAGGCAGAGGCUCUUCUCCACACCGGUUGGUGGGGGAAUACUAUUACGGUUAACACUUCUGCAAGUCAUUGCGAGUGGUCUGGCAUAACUUGCGAUGAGCUUGGAAAUGUCAUUGGGAUAGACCUUUCUUAUUCCUAUUUAGGGGGAGAGCUGGAGAAAUUGAACAUGUCUUCCUUUCCAAACUUAGAAAGUCUCAAUCUCAGCCACUAUGGGCUCGAUGGAAGCAUCCCGUUUGAAAUCGGAAGGUUGUCGAAACUCAAUUACCUUCAGCUUUCUGCCAAUCUUCUUACAGGUAUGCUGCCUUUUUCCGUUGCCAACCUCACUCAAUUACUCGUGCUUGACAUUUCUUUCAAUGAUAUUAGGGGCUCUAUCCCCUCAGAAAUUGGGAGGAUGUGGAAGCUUACCUCGCUUCAACUCUCUAGCAAUAAUCUUGCAGGUACACUACCCCUUUCCCUCGCUAACCUCACCCAAUUACUCGAGCUUUACAUUUCUUCCAAUAACAUUAGGGGCUCUAUCCCCUCAGAAAUUGGAAGGAUGCGGAAGCUUACCUCUCUUGUACUCUCUGGCAACAAUUUUACAGGUACACUACCUGUUUCCCUCGCUAACCUCACUCAAUUACUCGAGCUUUACAUUUCUUCCAAUAACAUUAGGGGCUCUAUCCCCUCAGAAAUUGGAAGGAUGCGGAAGCUUACCUCUCUUGUACUCUCUGGCAACAAUUUUACAGGUACACUACCUGUUUCCCUCGCUAACCUCACUCAAUUACUCGUGCUUGACAUUUCUUUCAAUGACAUUAGGGGCUCUAUCCCCUCAGAAAUUGGAAGGAUGUGGAAGCUUACAUCUCUUGUACUCUCUGGAAACAAUCUUACAGGUACACUACCUGUUUCCCUCGCUAACCUCACCCAAUUACUCGAGCUUGACAUUUCUUACAAGAACAUUAGGGGCUCUAUCCCCUCAGAAAUUGGAAGGAUGCGGAAGCUUACCUCUCUUCGACUCUUCGGCAAUAAUCUUACAGCUUGUCAUUUAUUCCAAUAA